CGCUUUUAAUACUCGGUUGCUAUUGCAUUCCAACCAAUUGAUAUCGAUGUCGUUAAGAAAGAGAAACGUCAACAAGCUGGAAGAAGAAGUGAGCACCAUUGCCGAUACUCUGGUACAUCCAGAGAACCAUGUUCAAUUGGACGAGAAGAACAAGAAGAAGCAAGACUUUGUAGUUCGUGCCUUUUGGACCAUCGUCAUGUUUUUGUUCUUUGUCGGUGUCAUCUGUGCUGGUCAUAUGUGGACAGUGACUUUGAUCUUUAUAUGCCAGGUGCUGGUCUUCAAGGAAUGUAUCGCUGUUACUUCCAAGCCCUCGAAGGAGAAGAAUUUGAGACUGACGAAAUCGUUGAACUGGUAUUUCCUGUUCACCACAAUCUACUACUUGGAUGGUGAAUCCUUCAUCAAGAACCUAAACCACCUCAUCUUUACAAACCAAUUCUUAACACCAUUGGCAACACAUCACAGAUUUAUAAGUUAUUGGCUGUAUAUCUUUGGUCUAGUGUUCUUCGUUGCAACUCUGCAAAAGGGCCAUCUAAGGUUUCAAUUUGCACAGCUCUGCAUCACCCAUAUGGUUUUGUUGUUGACUGUUUUCCAAGCACACUUGAUCAUCAAUAACAUCUUCAACGGUAUGAUCUGGUUCUUGAUGCCAGUGUUGAUGGUUAUCACAAACGAUAUCUUUGCAUAUCUUUGUGGGAUAACGUUUGGCAAGACCCAACUCAUUGCUAUUUCUCCAAAGAAAACCGUUGAAGGCUUUGUCGGUGCUUGGAUCUUCACAUCAUUGGCUGGUUUGUUAUUGGCAAAGGUACUGUCAGCCUAUGACUAUAUGAUUUGUCCCGUGACAGAUCUGGAAGUCAAUGUGUUUUCUCAUCUAACUUGUGAAAAGAAUCCAAUCUUUUUACCACAGGAUUACAGAAUCCCACCUGUUAUUGCAGAAUUCAUUGGGGCUGAAGUGUUAACCAUGAAACCAAUUUAUUUCCACUCCUUGAACCUGGCCUCGUUUGCAUCGUUAAUUGCACCAUUUGGUGGCUUCUUCGCCUCUGGUUUGAAGAGAACCUUUGAAGUUAAAGAUUUCGGUCACUCUAUCCCUGGCCAUGGAGGUAUAACAGACAGAAUCGAUUGUCAAUUCCUCAUGGGAUCAUUUGCAUAUUUGUACUACGAAACGUUCUUGUCAACGAAUAGAUUCCAAGUUGGGUCUUUGUUGCAGCAGAUUGUAACAAAUUUGGAGCCAAAGGAUAUAGUGCUAUUGGUGAACAAGUUGGCAUUGUACUUGUACAAUAUCGGAUAUAUCGAUGAAGAGAAGUAUAUUAAAUUGGUUGAACUAUUCUGAAAUGGGAUUCUUAUCUCUACUGAUCCAUUAAUUAUUACCAUUCUAGGAACCAGACAUAUGUAGAAUCCAUCUCAGUAGCAACCAUUGAUGUUACACAUUCGUAUAAUGCUGGUGGCAGAGUACAACUACCCUCAUUAAUUGAUCUGUCUGCUGUUCAAUUAGUCAGUUCACCCAACCGGGGAGUGUUUAGGGCCAACAAUACCAUCAUUGACCCCUAAACCAAUGAAGUGACUAACCAAUCGAUGAAUACAUAUGAAAGAAUUGAGGCAACGAGCCAUAAAGCAUAAAGGGUUACCCUACCUGGACAAAAAUCCGGAAAAUCUGUGGUGUCUGGGUGCUUAUGUAAUCCAAAACAUCCGGACAUGUUCAAGUGCUUUUGUGCGUUCCCCCAGAAAGAAGUAAACAAACAAACAAACAAACAAGCAGACGGCUUGCUACUACUCGUCCG